AUGGCGGCAGUGUCUGUAAGGAAGAAGAAAUCAUUUGCGCAUUGCUCCAAACCGGUCGUGAGGAUGUGUAUGCUGGACCACAAGAGCAUGGCGUCGCCGGGGCCCUUGUGGCCGAUCCCCAUGAGGGCAAUAGGGGCCCAGAACCUACUCACCAUGCCUGGGGGCGUGACCACAGCUGGGUACCUCCAUAAGAAGGGAGGCAGCCAGUUCAGCCUAUUGAAGUGGCCGCUUCGCUACAUCAUCAUCCACAAAGGCUGUGUGUACUACUUCAAGAGCAGUACUUCUGCUGCUCCCCAGGGGGCCUUCUCUCUCAACGGCUACAACAGAGUGAUGCGAGCAGCUGAGGAGACCACAUCCAGUAACGUGUUCCCUUUUAAAAUCGUCCACUUCAGCAGGAAGCACCGCACCUGGCUGUUCUCUGCGGCUAGCGAAGACGAGCGAAGGAGCUGGAUGAGGCACAUGCGCAAGGAGAUUGACCACUACAACGACCGGCAGGAGACGCACACGACAAGCAGUGACACAGACUCUGAUGCAGACAGUUUCUAUGGGACCAUCGAGAGACCUUUGGUCAUCAGCCAUCCUAACGAUGACCCAGACAAUGAUUACAUGGAGGAGGAUGAAGAUGAAGAUGAAGAGGACUAUUUGAAGCCAGACAGUCCGCCAACUAACACUGGUCGACCCGUCGGGCCUCCGCCUGCAUACCCCCCUCCCCCUGUUCCUCUGCUCGCUCCAUCCAAUCAGCUUCAUCCAGACUCCAAGCCUCCGCCCAUUCCUUUACCGCUGCAUCGCAUUCCCACCAGCCCCUUACCCAGGAAACCCCCACCAGUCCUGCCCCCGGCUGCCCACAAACCCCCACCCCCUACGCUACAAAGAAAUGCCCCUUUUGCUCACGUGACCCCACCCCUUCCGCCCCCCAACCCUCGACGGAGUGUGUUCCAACCGGUGCAAGAAAGUCAACGGGUCGUCUGCGAUCAGCUCCAGUCCAGUCUACACCUGAGCAGUCAAGCCCAGAGCCCCGCCCACAAUUGCCCACGUAGCCCCACCCACAGUCCUGCCCCUAGCCUCACCCCCACCCCCACCCCCAAGCCGGCAAACAGUCAAUCAUGGCGCCUCUCGCAGAGAUUUUCCUUAAGUACUUUCACCAGCCCAGAACCUAAGCCAGAAAGAAGCCCUGGCCCAUCGCUCCCAGGACAGCCGCACCAGUCCAAACCAAAGCCCCCUCCCCCGACCUGCAAACCGCCCAUGCCCAUGUGCAGAAAGCCCAUAUCCGCCAGCUCUCGGGGAAGGGCUUCCCCAGACGGACAGAGCUUCCGUGCCUCGGCUGACGAGCUCCCGGUGGAUCUGAGGAGCAGGUGGGACUCCGCUAAAGCCAGUGGGGACUGCUCGGACGAGGACGAUGACUACGAGAAUGUGCAGCUUCCAGACUCUGUGUUCAUCGAAUCCACAGAGACCAGCUUCGUGGAGAGGUGUUUUCUAGAGAGCGGUGUCUGUCCUGACGGCUUGUACGCCAUCCGCAACUCAGGGACAAAAAAGUCCAAGGUGUUGGUGGUGUGGGAUGCAGCCAUCAACAAGGCACGUAACUACAGGCUGUAUGAGGAGAAAGGGUGCAUUUUCCUGGAUGCGGAGCUGACCUUCCCCAGCCUGGCUAUCCUCGUGGAACACUACUACAGCCAUUUCCUGCCCCAGCAUGGCUCCCUCCGCCUGCAGGCCCCUUACAAGCCCUGCCAUUAA